AUGUCCUCUAAUUGGGAACAGCUAGCUGCUGACAAGCGAACACGCAUCAACGAUUCAAUCCCUAAGGAAUGGAGGAUCCAAGAGCUGCCCACCGAGGACUCUGUCCUUGAUUUUCCAGCAAAGUCAGGGCUACUCACGGAUCAAGAACUAAGAAUUACGGAAUCAAGUGCUACCGAUCUAGUUCAGCAGCUGGCACAGGGAAAGCUCAAAGCAGUCGACGUCACAAUAGCCUUUUGCAAACGAGCAGCACUCGCACAUCAGCUGGUGAAUUGUUGCCUGGAAUUCUUCCCUGAAUUGGCCAUCGCCCAAGCUAAAGAGCUUGAUGCCUACUUUGAUGCCCACAAGAAACCAGUGGGACCGCUUCAUGGACUGCCCAUCUCACUCAAAGAUCAGUUACGUGUGAAGGGCGUCGAAACAUCCAUGGGGUAUGUCUCCUGGCUAGGUAAAUAUGACACGACCGAGUCUGUUCUCGUGACUCUUCUACGAAAGGCCGGUGCUGUUUUCUACACGAAGACCAGCGUGCCACAGACAUUGAUGGUUUGCGAAACCGUGAAUAAUAUUAUUGGAAGAACGCUCAACCCUCGCAACAAGAACUGGUCAUGCGGUGGGAGCUCAGGAGGUGAAGGUGCCAUGGUUGGUAUUCGGGGUGGUGUUAUUGGAGUAGGAACUGAUAUUGGUGGCUCAAUUCGUGUUCCUUCUGCUUUCAACUUUUUGUACGGCAUCAGGCCGAGUCAUGGUCGUAUGCCGUAUGCCAAAAUGGCGAAUAGUAUGGAAGGCCAGGAGACUGUUCAUAGUGUGGUUGGGCCAAUGGCUCAUUCGGCAGCAGAUCUCAGGUUGUUCCUCACUUCCGUGUUGGGGCAGGAGCCUUGGAAAUACGACUCGAAGGUUGUCCCCAUUCCUUGGAGACUUGCUGAAGAGGAGGCUAUCAAAUCGAAAAUCCCCGCGGGAUUGACCCUGGGAUACUACGCAAGUGAUGGUGUUGUCCUUCCCCAUCCUCCAAUUCUGAGAGGUGUUGAGACGGUGGUCUCGACCUUGAAGAAGAAUGGACACACCAUUAUUCCGUGGAAGCCCCAUAAACACCACUUCGGACACAAUCUCAUCAACAACAUAUAUGCCUCAGAUGGAAAUACCGACGUGUUCAAAGACAUCAACGCAUCUGGAGAGCCCUCGAUACCAAACAUCAAAGACCUCUUGAACCCAGACAUACAGCAAAUUGACAUGAACCAACUCUGGGACACCCAUCUCAAGAAAUGGAACUAUCAAAGCGAGUACCUCGAGAAAUGGCGUGAACUCGAGGAGCAACAAGGCAAGGAAUUGGACGCAAUCAUUGCCCCAAUCACUGCAACCGCAGCCAUCCGCCAUAAUCAGUUCCGAUACUACGGCUAUGCAUCGGUGAUCAACUUGCUCGAUUUUACCAGCGUUGUUGUUCCAGUCACAUUCGCCGAUAAGAAUCUGGAUCUGAAGAAAAAGGAUUAUCAGCCUUUGGGUGACCUGGAUGCAACUGUGCAAGCUGAGUAUGACCCAGAGGCGUAUCAUGGAGCCCCCGUGGCUGUUCAGGUAAUUGGUCGCAGACUGAGCGAAGAGCGAACUUUGGCGAUUGCAGAGGAAAUUGGGAGGCUACUUGGAAACUCGGUGACGCCCUAG